AUGAACGUCUUGGUUUACAAUGGUCCCGGUACCACACCUGGCUCAGUUAAACAUACAACCGAGACGCUAAGACAUUUUCUCGAGCCAUAUUACGCUGUGAGUACUGUUUCUGCCAAGGCUUUGCAGACUGAGCCAUGGAUGUCAAAGGCAUCUGCACUUGUCUUCCCUGGAGGUGCAGAUCUUCCAUAUGUGAAGGAAUGCAAGACUGCUAUCCCAAAGAUAAAGGAUUUUGUUCGUAGGCAAGGCGGUCUGUUCAUUGGAUUCUGUGCUGGCGGUUACUUUGGCUCUGGCCGUGUCGAAUUCUCACAGGGCAAUUUAGAAAUGGAAGUUACUGGUAAUAGAGAACUGAAAUUCUUCCCUGGGAUUGCCCGCGGUCCAGCUUAUGAUGGAUUCAAGUAUAACAGUGAAGAUGGUGCAAAGGCUGCUCCCUUAGUUCUGCCGGACGGAACUGAAUUUGCAACUUACUUCAAUGGAGGUUCGCUUUUUGUCGAUGCGGAUCAUUACGAUAACGUUGAAGUAUUGGCUCGUUACAAGGAGCCUACAGAUGUUCGUUAUCAAGACUCUUCCUCAGGGACUGAUAGAGUGGGUCCAGCGGCUGUGGUUCUAUGCUCAGAGGGGAAGGGAAAGGCACUGCUGACAGGUCCUCAUCCUGAGUUUAUUCCACGGUUGCUGUCGAAAUCUGAUGACAAGCAUUUUCUUUCGAGAGUGGUCAAUGUUCUGAUUGAAAAUGAGGAGCAAAGAUUGAGGUUCCUCAAAGAUAUUUUUACCAAGGCAGGGCUCAACUGUAACAAUGAAUUUGCCAAUGUAAGGGCUCCUAACUUGACACCACUAUUAGUAUCGGCAUCGGAAACCCGCCAACAACUGGUGAAGAAUUUUCAAGAUAACCUUUUUACCAUCACUUCAGAUCCUACAAAAUUCGAUGAUUGUGUUGAGAUUGAUGGAGGUAAUGACAAAGUUCGGUUGUAUGAAGGGUUUAAACAGCCGUACUAUAAAGCGGCAGAUUUCUUGCGCCACGGUGAGCCAGACGAAAUUCCCAAGACUAUAAUUUUCCCUGGUGAGGGCGAGCUUUUUCCAGAUUCGACCUUGACCUCGAACUACGACAUUGCCAAGUACUUCAAAUACUUGAACCCGGACAAUACGGUAGGGAGCAUGUUGAUGUAUGGAGAAGUCGUUACCUCGACUAGUUCCUUUCUAAAUGAAAACAAAAAUGUCUUAUCAUCCAUCCCUGAUAGUUCAAUGCUGCAUGUCGGAACAAUACAAGUAUCAGGUCGCGGGAGAGGUGGAAACGUUUGGGUUAAUCCAAAGGGUGUUUCUGCUUGUACGGCUGUUAUUUCAUUGCCUUCACGCUCACCGAGGACCAAUAAACCGGUCUCAAUUGUCUUUGUACAGUAUUUGUCGAUGCUUGCAUAUUGCCAGGCAAUCACCAGUUAUGGACCUGGGUAUGAAGACUUGCCAGUUAGAAUUAAAUGGCCAAAUGAUCUUUAUGCUUUGAGUCCUAAAUACUAUCAGAACAAUAAGCUUUCACUGGUUGGGAAAGCGUUGGGACAAGGUUCAGAAUCACAAAUAGUACCAAUAACAGACAUAGAGCCCGCGUACUUGAAGAUUUCUGGUUUAUUGGUGAACUCUAAUUUCUUCAACGACAAAUUUACCCUAUUGCUUGGAUGUGGUUUAAAUGUUAGUCAUGAUGGGCCAACAACUUCUCUCAACAGUUGGAUAAACAUUCUUAACCGAGAGCGGGAAGCGGCACGCCUAGACCGUUUGGCACCAAUAGAAGUUGAAAAGUUACAUGCUUUAUACAUGAACCGUCUUGAAAUUCUUAUUAGAGCCUUUGUGGACACUGGAGCAGCCUCUAUACUCCCAGAAUACUACCGUUUGUGGUUGCAUAGUAAUCAAAUUGUUACAUUGAAAGAUCAUCAAAAUGCUAGAGCUAAAAUUACUGGUAUUACUGAGGAUUAUGGUCUUUUGAUAGCCAAGGAGCUGCAAUCCGGUAGUAACACUCAAUUUACCGGAGCCGUCUAUCAUCUGCAACCUGACGGGAACUCCUUCGACAUCUUCAAAGGGUUGAUCUCGAAAAAGGCUGUAUAA